CAGCAGGAUAGCCAAAGUACACCUAUCAUGCCAUUAGGAAAUUCAGAAAAUCAUCAGCAGGAUAGCCAAAGUACACCUAUCAUGCCAUUAGGAAAUUCAGAAAAUCAUCAGCAGGAUAGCCAAAGUACACCUAUCAUGCCGUUAGGAAAUUCAGAAAAUCAUCAGCAGGAUAGCCAAAGUACACCUAUCAUGCCGUUAGGAAAUUCAGAAAGAAGGAAAGAAAGACGGAGAGAAAUUCACAUACUCCCAGAUCUACCAGAGGAAGGUCGAUUAAAUUUACCAGAAAACACAAGCAGUUUUGAACGGAUAGUAUUGAGCACCCUUAAACAUGUGGUAAAGAAUCAAGAAAACAUCCAGGCAGAGCUUGCCCUCAUUUCCGGAGCAGCAGUAGAUGAUGAAAUAGAAGACUUGCUUCCCUCUCCAGUAAAUUCCCUUGAGGAUUUCAUCCAAUGGGGAAUUAAAUUGGAGGAGAAGCAGUCCAGAAAGAAAUUGGCAUCUUUCCUUAUUGCUUUUGGAGGAGCGACAUGUCUAGAAACAGUGAGAAAUAUUCUGAAGAAAACAGUGACUAACAAUAUACUAUCUUUGUACAGCUUGAGGGGAAAAAAGGGGAAAAAGGUCUUUCACGACCAUAACUUGUACAGAGUUCUUAUAAAUAUACACAGAGAUACUCCUAAUAUAAACGUGAUAAAGGGAUGA